AGAUUCUUCGUGCAUAACAAAAUUUUGCCUAAUUUUCCGAAUUGUUUGGACGAACAAAACACACUCGUAAAACAAACCUCCGUACACAACUAUGUCAGAAAUGUCAAAGUGUCCAGUAAAUGCUGUAAGAAACCUGGACCUUACUGAUUUAAAGGGAAAGGAGCGAAAGUGGAUCCGCCCGGAUCUGAAAUCAAAAUGUACGUGGCAUUUGGGAGCGAAUUUGGCUGACUCACCACAUCACCACGAGAAAGCGAGGGUGCCAUCAAGCAAGAUUAUGCCAAAUAUUCUUCAAAAGAUCGGCGAUACUCCGCUAGUUCGAAUCAACAACAUUGGCAAGACGUACGGGUUGAAAUGUGAAUUGCUUGCUAAGUGUGAGUUCUUCAAUGCUGGCGGAUCUGUUAAGGACCGUAUUGGGCUGCGCAUGAUAGAAGAGGCGGAGAGAGAAGGUCGCUUAAAGCCGGGCGACACCCUGAUUGAGCCCACCUCUGGAAACACAGGCAUUGGCUUGGCACUUGCCGCUGCUGUGAAAGGAUAUCGCUGUAUUAUUGUCAUGCCAGAGAAGAUGAGUAAUGAAAAGGUGGAUGUUCUUAGAGCACUUGGGGCAGAAAUUGUGCGUACCCCAACUGAGGCCAAGUUUGACUCCCCAGAGUCACACAUUGGAGUUGCCCAGAGGCUGAAUGCAGAGAUUGCUAAUUCACACAUUUUGGACCAGUACCGUAACCCUGGCAACCCUCUUGCGCAUUAUGACUCCACUGCCGAUGAGAUCUUGCAACAGUGUGAUGGAAAAGUUGACAUGGUGGUCUUGGGUGCUGGAACAGGAGGGACCAUCACUGGCAUUGCCAGGAAACUGAAGGAAAAGUGUCCAGGGGUUACGAUUGUUGGUGUAGACCCCAAAGGAUCCAUCUUGGCAGAGCCAGAAUCUCUUAAUGAGUCUGAUGUUUCUAUGUACCAUGUUGAAGGAAUCGGUUAUGAUUUCGUCCCAACUGUUCUUGACCGCUCUGUGGUGGACAAAUGGUACAAGUCUGAAGACAAGACAUCCUUCACUAUGUCUCGCAGGCUUAUUAGGGAGGAAGGAUUGUUGUGUGGAGGGUCUAGCGGAAGUGCUAUGGUUGCUGCUGUAGAAGCUGCCAAGAGUCUCAAUGAGGGCCAAAGAUGUGUGGUGAUCCUGCCUGACUCUGUCAGGAACUACAUGACUAAGUUUCUGAGUGAUGACUGGAUGACAGAGAAAGGUUUUGUUGAACCAAACACCAACGGCUUUGACAGCAAGCUUUGGUGGUGGAAGAAACAAUUACAUGCUCUUAACCCACCAACACCACUAUCUGUCCUACCAUCCAUCAGUUGCCAGCACUGCAUUGACAUCAUGAGCAGGGAAGGAUAUGAUCAACUUCCUGUGGUCAAUGAAGCUGGUGGUGUGCUUGGCAUGCUUACGCUUGGCAACAUCAUGUCACACAUCAUUGCUGGAAGAAUGAAGCCUUCAGACAGUGUUUCUAAGUGCAUCUACAAGAACUUCAAGAAGGUUACCUUGGAGACGAACCUGGGGACCCUGUCGCGCAUCCUGGAUCAUGACCAUUAUGCCCUGGUGGUUCACAGUCAACGUGUUUACAUAGCACCGGACAAGGUGACCGAGAAGGAGAUGGUAUUCGGUAUCGUCACCAGGGUGGAUCUGUUGAACUACAUCACCCGAUCAGAGGCCAUCUCACCUCAUUAGAACCCUCCGUUCUCUCCGUUGUCCUCAGUACACCUAUCCCUGGCGAUGUAGAAUAUCGUUCCCGCACAUCCACUCUUAAGGACAACACAAAGAAGACCCCAAAAAACAGUCGUAGUAAAGCUGCACCGUAGAAGAAAGUUAUACCAUAUUAAUAGCAUUAUGCCGUUAUGAACCAACGGCAUAGGCAAGGGUAGAAGUAGAAACUAAUAAUAUUGAACACCGACCAUCUAAUUGCACCCACUUAGUUUCUUACCAUUUAAAGCAAAGCACGUGAUUAUUGGAAUGAAAGCACGUGAUUCUGAGAAUCAAGCAAGUGAUUCUUGGAAUGAAAGCACACGAUUCUUGAAAUGAAAGCAUGUGAUUCUUGGAAUGAAAGCACGUGAUUCUUGGAAUGGAAGCACGUGAUUCUUGGAAUGGAAGCACGUGAUUCUUGGAAUGAAAGCACGUGAUUCUUAGAAUGAAAGCACAUGAUUCUUGAAAUGAAAGCAUGUGAUUCUUGGAAUGAAAGCAUGUGAUUCUUAGAAUGAAAGCACAUGAUUCUUGGAAUGAAAGCACGUGACUUGUGAAUGAAAACACAUGAUUCUUGGAAUGAUAGCACGUCAUUCUUGGAAUGAAAGCACGUGAUUCUGGAAAUGAAAGCACGUGAUUCUGGGAAAGGAUUAAAGUCAUGGUACAUUUAUUUUUAUUUAUUUUCAUAGUUUUAGAGCCGCAAGAAAGUAGUUCUUGAGGCACAAGUCAUUGGGGGUGCUCUAGUUUGACAUGUCACUCGUGUGCUUACAUGUACUUUCCAAAGACCGGUACAAUAAACGGAAGUAGUUGAACGUUUAUAGUCAGGCACGACAAAGGGAAUUAAAGUAGUGUGCAAAGUAAACCCAUAAGAGGCUUGGAGCCUCUUGUAGAGGCUUACCAAGAGUAAGACAAUGACCAAUAGAACUUGUAAAUGUGACGAAAGCUCAACAAAAAGUCUUUUUAACAAUUUUACUUAAUGUUUAAUUUAUUAUUUAAAAAAACAGGCUAACUUUACUAUAUAAAAUGAAAAAGAGAGCAGAGAAUCACUCAUUUUAGACGAAGUAGUUCACCUUUACGGAUGUCUCCGUAAAAUGCACGAGACGAUAAUGAAUGAUUUAUCCAAAAACUAGCCAGUUAGUUUACAAUCGUGUCUUUGAACAACCAUUGAAUAAAAUUAAAUCAAUAACAA